UACCACAGCUAGUAAGAACUCACCUGUACCUUGGUUUAUUACUAGGCAUGAUACAUGUGGUCAUGAUAGUCAUAUAUGUGACUGGCAACAUUCUCCAUAGUUGACAUGCGACCAACAGACACGUACUGUACUAGUCAAUUGCUCUUGACAUGUAAUCAUGGAAAGUGAAGAAGCCGACUCCACCAUCCAAGCAGAGGUCGAUGUCCUCAUGUUCGAUUAUCUUCUCUGCACAACGAUUGACCAACUCAUAUGCCACGGAAGGGCGAAGGUGGAAGGGCAGAAGCGAGAAGACCAUAAUAUCGAGUGGUACCUGAGAACCAUUCAAACAACCAGAGCAGUGUUGUUAGACCCAAAUAGUCUUUCGGAUGACAUAUGUACUAAAGACCGACUGCUGAAUUUUGCCGUGAUAUUCUGUCGCCGGUAUGCCUUACUACAGAACGGUGCUCCGGAAGCAACUGCCCUGUUCCUACUGGCCAACUUUCUCGCGCUCUGCGAAGGACCAGGGGAGAGCUGGCCCGAGCUCAAAGAUGCCAUCUUAGCUCACCUGGUUAUGGCGGCCGCAAAAGAGGAGCUCGCGGCGACCGGCAUUCAGUCAACCCCGGACUACGACGAGUGUAUUCACCGCGUGCAAGAGGUCAUAGAAGAAAAAUCAACGGCGAAGGGACGACAAGGGCACCAGAAAUACUUCCAGCCACCUCGCGGUUUGUCGCCAGAGGUUCAUCUAAGGAAUAUAUCAAACGGACUGCCUGCAGCUCAGCUUGCACGCGCAGUGAUUGAUUACCUGGCCAACUUAAUGCAAUCGCUAGAUCCACCCAUACUGCUGCAAUUAGAGAGAGGGAAACUCGGUGGGCUCACCCGCGAAGAGACCAGGCAGUUGAAAGAAAGAAUAGGACUUUGAAAGUCCACAACCGGUUAUCUGCACAGUUUAUAGUUGGAGAUUGGCGAGACAAAUCACAAGACUAGCUGCAAUGAUGGGCCUCUCUACAUGGAUUGAACAGUAACCAAUGUCGAUGAAUGAUUUCUAAAUAGGACCCAUGCAAAACAAUACUCUACACGCCAGGAUAUCAGGAACGCGCGGGGAUGGCAGUGU